GUACUUCCGGUUUACUCCGAAGAACCACAAGGCUUUUUGCUGUGUAUUUACUUUCGUUUGUUGAUUAAUCACUAAUUACUAAAUAAUUACCAAUUAUUUUGAAAUUUACAAUUAAUUUAAUUCCAUAAGAGUAUCAUAGAUCGAUUCAUUGUCGAAACAAAAACAAGGAAAAACAACAACAAAGUGAAUGUUGUUUAUUUCACUGUGAAAUAAUAAAUAACAAUUAAAAGAGAAGAGACAAAAAAAAUGGCUUUGGAAACAAGGGAAUAUUGCGGAGUUCUUCGGAAAAUCAGAGAAAGCAGCGAUAAAGAAGCGAUUCUUGUGAAGAAGAAAAAGAAAAAAGUCCUCGAUGAAGACACUUAUAUCGAAGGUUUACAGAAGAUUAUUCAGCGUGAUUUUUUCCCUGAUCUUCCAAAGUGGAAGGCUCAGGCAGAAUACUUUGAAGCAGUAGAAAACAAUGAUCUUGUCAAGCUACGGGAAAUCCAGAUGAAAUAUGGUCUGCGGCGCCCAGAAACGGGCUCUUCAUCCGUCUACAACACUCCAGACACAUUUGAAACCCCUGAAGGUAGAGAAAAUAAAGGAUCUCCAACAGAGAGUUCAUCACUUAAAGAAAAACAAGACAAUACUUCAGAGAAAAACGAGGAAUCAGAGAGACUUCAACUCGAUACGCUGGAUAACUAUUUGUCGAAACAUACCAGUGAAGACAACGCAUCUUUUGCGGAAAUUCUCAAGGAAACUCAACGUAAACACAAAGAAAAACACUCGUGGCUAUACGAACAAGAAGAAAGACAAAACAUUGAACAAGAAGAGAAGUUGGCAUUACCAAGUAUUGAGAAACAAGCUAUCCAAGAGAAACCACCUCCUGCUUUGCACUCCUGGCAGUACAGUGCCAAGAACAGCCUUAUGUAUGUUCCAGACGGUUCAGAAUUAACCUCUGAAGAAAAGAUCGAGAAGUCAAUAAAAAAGAGAGAUAUAAUCCACAAUAACACACGGUUUAAUCUGAACCCUUUCAACUCUGAAAAAAAUAAGGAGAUUCUACAGCAGGUAGCAUCUGAAAAGGCCCACGCCAAUUUGGGGAAAAUCGGUCAUGACGGGAAGGAAGUGCAUACUGGAUUCUCACCGAUGAUCAAUGGAUAUGGUUUUGUGAAGACCCCGUCACCAGUUCCUGGGAUGGGAAAUGAGUCACCUUUGAUGACAUGGGGUGAAAUUGAAGGUACACCGUUCCGGUUAGAUGGCACUGACAAUACACCAUUGCCCAAAACACCUGGUCCGACAUUUAAGAUACCUGAAUUACCUAAACGGGACCGAAUUGCUCUGGAACUGGCAGAAAGGGCAAGUAAGGCCCACAGAGUGAGAAAGCAGGAUGCUCUACGAAGGGUCACACAGCGUUUAUCCAGUCCAUCGUCCUUGUCACCAUGCUUUGGUAUGAGUGGCACCGAUAAACUAAACAACAUGUCUCCAGCGGCACAGCGACUCGCUAACUCCAGUCUACGCAUCAAGACUAAUACCGACAAGGCGUUGAGGGCCAGCUACAGCCCCAGUCCGUUACGCAGGCACAAGUCUCCUUUCUUCAGUCCUGACAUGAAAAGCCCAGGUAGCAGUUCCUUCAGGAGUACUGGCAGCCAAUCGAGCACUCCCGGUCAUGUCCAAGAUGUUGACCAGUAUCACCGACAAGUCAAGACACCAAGUGGUUCAGAGAAACGUAGUGUUGGUCAUGGUGUUGCAGACUCUCCGUCGUUGACUGACAACUUGCUAAAUCUUCCGGGAAGAAUGUCAGCUUCAGACUUUUUCUGAGAUGUGCGACAAGUUACAGUGAUCAAAGAAUUGGGGGAAAAAAAGUGGUUUUUUGUAAAUAUAUAUUUUGAAAAUUGAAAAAA